CAAAUUUUACGCUAUAUUGUUUAUUGUUAUAUAACUUUUAAUAUUUUUGUAAAUUGAAUCAUAAUAAAUGCAUGUCUUAUUGGGGGUGCUCGCACUUACAUUGAUUAAAACUACACGUGUUUCAAGCAUAAAAGCGCUUUUAAAUUUUAUCAGUUGAAUGAUUGAGUAGGUUCAUAUUAAGGAGAAAAUGACUUAUAUAGAGUGUAUGCAUCUGUUAAAACGAAAAUGACAGUGUUCAACUUUAAUUUCCAACGCAGCGAAAUCUUUAUCAACAUAACCAAUUUGAUGUGUUCAAUUUAUCAUCAUUUGAUUCGAACUGCUGAAUGUUAUGUCGUGCGGUGAACCCUGAUCUUGAUCAGAUAUAUUUAUAUUGAGUGUGUAUAUAUACUGUUGUUCUGUAAAUAUUCAGUUCAUUUGUGCAAAAUAUGUUCUUUCAUUCAUGAUUGACGAAUGUAACUGAUGUGAAUAAAUUGAAAACGGCUUAAAUUUAUAAACAGAACAUAAAGUCUAAGGAAAUGGGUGGAUUAUUUAGCAAGCAUAAAACACCUCACCAGACAGUUCAUCAUGUGCAUGAUCUACCGGAAUUGCCGCCAUAUGGAGGGGCGCCGAUUGAGUACAAAACAGUCACAGUAAACGCUGGGUUAGACGUACAGUCUCACUUCAGUUUCAUGGCAUCUAAUGUGACAAUACAGGCCACAAAUGAAGAACAAUACCACCCUGAGUUAGCCGCUACACAAGAGCAAGGUUAUAGAAUGUUAACUUUUGUGUCAUUACCGGGGUCCAUUCAAAAAUACGGUUUUUCUGCAUCUACAGGCCGUCAAUUUACGUUAACAAAGUUCCAUGGGAUAUUCUGUAAACUAUUUCAAGAUGAGUUAGAUCAAAAUUGCGAACUAAAAGUAGUGAAGUCAACUUUUUUGAACGAGAUGUUCACAGAGUGGUCUGGUGACAUUUUUCUUAACCCGGAAGCGGGCAUUGUUGAUAAUGACAAUGAUAUUCCGCUAGGAAAGUUUCAUAUCUUACAAACUUUACAGUCUAUAUCAGAAGAAGGCGGUAGAUUGAUAAGCGUGGAACUAUCUGGUAUGUCGGAGGAGCAAAUUGAAAUUCAGAAACAAUAUGUUGAGAGACGCGCAAAGACGCCGCACCAGACGAUAGAAACAAUCCCGGAAAUGC